GUCUGUUGCAACCAUGCAGGUUUUCUCUUGGUGUUUUGUGUUUCUGGUGCUUCUGUGUUUCUCCUGGGCUCAGGAAGAGGUUGCUAUCUUGGAGGUGGACACCUCCCAGGAGCUGUCUGUGGGUGAGCUGCUAGAGAGAGCCAACAGAGACCGCACUCCUGACUUUGAUGAACCGGUCCUCAUCGGAGGAGACAUUGCUGUAAGGUCUGAGGCGGACAGAAACGCUGACCCUUGCACCUCCAGUGGUUGCCUCUGGUUGAAAUACACUGAUGGGAACGUCUACAUCCCCUACUACAUUGCCAACCAUUACUCUGACAGAGAGAGAGAGAUCAUUGUUCGUGGGCUGCAGUCGUUUUCCACGGUCUCCUGCAUCCGCUUCAGGCCCUACCAGAACGGUGACCAUGAAUGGUUGAGCAUUGAAUCUAGGAAUGGCUGCUACUCCUAUGUGGGCCGUGUGGGUGGAGGUCAGACGGUGUCUCUAAGCCACCAGGGCUGCCUGUACCACAGCACCGUCCAGCAUGAGCUGCUGCACGCCCUGGGCUUCAACCACGAGCAGACCCGCUCCGACAGGGACAACCACAUCAGAGUUCACUGGGACAACAUCAUUGAAGGCAUGGAGUACAACUUCUAUAAGAUUAACACCCUGAACCAGGGAACUCCUUAUGAUUACAACUCUGUCAUGCAAUAUGAGAGGUACGCCUUCUCCAAGAACAACCUUCCCACCAUGGAGCCCAUUCCUAACAGCAACGUGUCCUUUGGCAAGGCCACACAGAUGAGCCAGAAUGAUAUUGACAGGCUGAACAGACUCUACAAAUGCUAAACUUCAGUUGUGACCUUUGACCUACAAAGCUGUUGACAUGGGAACAUGCCAAGGAAGGAGGCGUGGAUUGGUGCGUUUAGCUGCCAACUACAAAAGCAUUAAAUGCUGAUGUGAAUGUGAAGCAAAAUGAGAAGAAAUAAAAUAAUGGAAAUAAAAACAAAGUUUCAUUCAAAAUGA